GUUCUCCGGCGGAAAUAGCGUGUCGUAGACAGAUUCACAGAUGGUGCCCUUGGAAGCAUGUUGAUUUGCUGUAUCUAGGAUGUAAUUUAUUUACAAGACGUUCAAAGUCGCAGUUGAGAAGUCGAUGUGCACAGGAAAGUUACCAGGCAAAAGAUGCCGCUGCACAAAUACCCCCCUCGCAUCUGGGACGCUCUGAAACUGAAGCAGGGCAUCUAUGCCCGGCUGCCCCAACACUACCUGAAAAGCCUCGAAGAUGCAACACCUCCAACGGCGGUGCACUGGAAACCCUUUGGGGUGAAAUAUCGUGCCAACCCCAAAACUGGACUGAAAGAGAGGGUCCAGGAUGUUCCCAUCCCCAUCUACUACCCUCCCGAGUCACAGCAGGGGCUGUGGGCAGGCGAGGGCUGGAUCUCCGGAUAUAAAUACUCCCAGGAUGACAAGUUGUCCACACGGUACAAGAAAACGUGGAAGCCUCAGCUCUUCAGGAGGGAGCUCUACAGCGAGAUCCUGGAUCAAAAGUUCAACAUCGCAGUCACCGCUCGCACCCUGGACCUCAUAGACGCGGCAUACGGCUUUGAUUUUUACAUCCUGAAGACCCCCAAACAAGAUCUGAACUCCAAGCUUGGUAUGGACCUGAAGAGGGCCAUGCUCCUCAGGCUGGCAGAGAAGAGCCUGUACCCUGAGGACCCAGCACGGCAGGAGCAAGUCUACCAGCGCUACAAGCAGUUUGAGAUCCCGCGAGAGGAGGCUGAGUGGGUGGGCCUGAGUCUGGAGGAGGCUGUGGAGAAGCAGAGGGUCCUGGAAAUGAAGGAGCCUGAACCUGCAUUCAAGGAGUACGUGGACAUGCUGGUAAAGGAAGUAGCUAUUCUGAAGCUCACAGAACCACAGGUGGUGGAGAAGAAAUGACACAUGUUCACUGUUAGUAACUAACUGAACUCCCUUGAAAUUACUUGCUACAAAUAAAUUAUGUCACCCACGUACGGUAUCUCACAUGUCAACAAUGUAGAUCAUAUGAACAUCAAGAUGACCAUGCAUGCAACUGCUUUUUAUGUAAAUAUUUAUUUUCCUCAACAAAUGCUCUAUGUUGUGAUAACACUUGUACAUUUCUGUCAUCUAUAUGUUAAGUUUUCUAAAUAAGACGGUUGAAGAUA